UACUAUGUGUCACGUGACAUUGUUUUGUAUGGGACGCCGCGGUGACGGUCUUGCAGACUCUCGGAAGUAAAGCUUGAAAUGGCAAGAAACGAGGAGAAACAGCAAGGGAAAUUGAACAGACUAUGGCUCCAGAAAGAGAGAGAGGAAGGACGCCUCAAAGAUGUUCUUGAGCGGAGACCCAAGCUGUCUACUCUUAAUUCAGCUUCCUCUGUGAAAAAGUGGAUCCUCAGCAUCAAGAAUGAAAUAGAGUAUUAUUUGCAGCAAUCCCAGCUGUUUCAUUACCCGGAGAGGAAGAUAGCCGAGUUCCAGCUGCACAUUGAGGCGUUAGAAAAAGAGUACAAACGCUUCAUCGCCAAACUACGGGUUCUUGACCCAACAUGCAAACACAAGCCAUGGACUCCUCGAGCAUACUGCAAAAGAAGAGCAGACGCACAUGACUCUCCAAGUAUCGUUAAAAACCCUCGGCCCUGUGAGUCUCAUGAUGGUGGCAGUCUGUUGAGUGGAAGUGAGAGAGACUUGCCCAGCAAUUGGACAAGAUGUCACAAAGCCUCAGUGCCUGAGAGAUGGGAACCUCUCAGCCAUUCGGAGAACAGGGUUCAAACCUCUGUCCACAGCAACCUAAACUCAGAAACCUCAGAGGCCGUCUGUGCAGACCAGGACCAGCCCCUCUCUUUCGACCACAGAAGGCUGGCGAUUGCCGCUGCUGCGUUCAGAGGGCCACCAGUUCAGCGAGACUCCUCUCAAACACAGAGCCUAGCCAGGGUGCUGCAGUCUGGCCUGCCAAACCUUGUUAACGCUUCAUUAAGGCAAACAUUUUCAACCCAGAGCAGAGACACACAGAAUCAUGAUGGUGCAUCGAUGGGAUCUGUUGUUGGACAGAAAAGUGUCGUCCAAGAGCGUAAGUCAGACUGUGAAGCAGCAGAAAGGAUACCUGGGAAAUCAUCCAAUACUGGGACGACAGAGGAGAGGACAGGCCAUGUCCUGGGACUAGACUGUUACUCUUCUUCUGAUGAGGAAUGUGACACAUGAUGCUUUUUGAUCAUGAAAUGUAAUGGUCUACCGCAUUUUGAGUUCAUUCAAAGACUUCCUCAUUUUUUGAUCGAAGAUUUUCUUGAAUUUCUAGGAUUUUGUGAUUUUGAGCUAAAUUGAACUCAUUCUUUUAGACAUUAAGACUGUGGAUCACAAUCUCUCCAUAUGUAAUUGCUACACAGAGAAGCUGAAUAUUCACUCAAAAGUCCUGCGUAAGGGAAAAUGAAUCUUCUCAAGUAAGAUAUGAGUAAUGUCAUUCAUUUCAGGUUGAGAAAUGUAUUGUGAAUUUCAGGUUACUUUUGUGUAAUCAGUCAUGACCGCACCAAUCUCCAUUAUGCAACAGAGUGAGAAAGCUAUACUUGCUGAUUCAGUGAUUCAUUUUAGCCUCAUUAACUGGAGCACACUGAACACUACCCGGUUAGACCCCACAACCCCUCCCUCCCACUUAACCCACUCUGUGCUGCCUCUGCCGUUGCUGCUGCGAGGACCGCAUGACACUUCUGGGAAACAGACACUUCAGCUUGAGUGCAGAAAGCCUGUGCAGUUUAUGGUUAAGUUUGCCCUUUUAGUUGAAACUCUGUAUGCACACUACAAGGUGGGGUUUCUUUUGUCUCUGCAAGUGCCCAGAGAAAGGAAAUGAAACUUUUGCAACAGUGGACAGAGAGAAUGCCUGAGAGUUUCCUUUGCAGGUACCAACAUAAACACAAAUAAAGAAAGAAUACACUUUUA